GGCCCCUGGCACGAGUGGUGAAUUUGGCUCGGGGUAUAAUAACUCAGGGCAACAUGGUGCGAUCCAGUCGCAGAACGUGGGAGGUAUGUACCAGUUCAGCUAUGAGGAGCUUGCCAACGCCACCAAUGGCUUCUCUCAGGUCAAUGUGUUGGGGCAAGGCGGUUACGGCCUCGUUCACAAGGGUGUUCUGCCUGAUGGGAGGAUUGUCGCUGUGAAGAGCCUCAAGAGCGGGAGCGGGCAAGGCGAGCGAGAAUUCCAGGCGGAGGUUGAGAUCAUCAGUCGCGUCCACCAUCGUCACCUUGUCUCUCUCGUCGGAUACUGUAUUGCUAAUGGCAACAAACUCCUUGUCUACGAGUUUGUUGCUAAUAAGACGCUCGACUUUCAUCUUCAUGAUAAAGGUGGAGCUGGGCUUGAUUGGGCAACAAGGCUUCGUCUUGCAGUUGGCAUGGCUAAGGGGCUUGCUUAUCUCCAUGAAGAUUGUAGCCCGCGGAUUAUCCAUCGUGAUAUCAAAGCUGCAAACAUUCUUAUUGACAACAACUUUGAAGCAAUGGUGGCUGAUUUCGGUUUGGCUAAACUCACUACCGAUAACAACACCCAUGUCUCUACCCGCGUGAUGGGAACAUUUGGAUACCUUGCGCCGGAAUAUGCUUCAAGCGGGAAGCUAUCAGAGAAAUCCGACGUCUUCUCAUUCGGAGUAAUGUUGUUGGAGAUUGUCACGGGCCGGAGACCCAUCGAUCUCACCAACAUGAUGGAAGACAGCCUCGUAGAUUGGGCUCGGCCUCUUCUCACCAAGGCGCUCGAAGAUGGCAACUUCGAAGAAGUGGUGGAUCCAGGGCUCGAGGGUAGAUACGACCAUGACGAGCUCUCUCGCAUGGCCGCAUGUGCUGCGGCCAGCAUACGCCAUUCCGCGCGAAAGCGCCCUAAGAUGAGCCAGAUCGUGCGGGCCCUUGAGGGAGACUCGUCCCUCGAUGACCUGAACGACGGUGUCAAGCCCGGCCAAAGCACCACGUUUAACCCUAAUGGGGGGUCGGAUGCGUACGACACACGCGCGUAUAAUGCGGACAUGAUGAAGUUCAAGAAGAUGGUAAUGGAUUCGGAGGAGUUCACUAGCAGCGAAUACGGCGGCGAUUCCUCUGAGAUGGAGCGCAAUUGAUUUUAUGUCUCCAAGCAUUUCCCCCUCGAAUCAGACAAACUAAAGAAGGGAAUCCCGUUGAGUUUCUGUGCUUUAUGUUCGUCCCAUGCUAAAGGGGCAAACUUAAUUCGGAUUAUGAACCAUAAAAGAAAAUGCCUACUAAACCGAUCACAAGAAUAACAGUUAUUGUACAUAAUAUCAGCCAUUUACUCCUCUUUCCUUCAAAUUUCAUCAAGUGGUCGUGCUUGAGACAUAAAUAGUCUCGGAUAAU